UGCACUAACAAAGGGAGGAAGUAGAGCGUGUAUAGUUAUAGUUAACUACAGUAGUAGAUCUAGUUUUAUGAUAUAUAUGAACAAAUUAGAAGAAUCUUCAAACAGGCUAGAUAUAUCUGUAGUGUUCUUUGGCGAAUCCAACUGUCUUAUUGUGAUUAGAUCUAGAUAGCCAGAUAGACAUUCAUGGCCACUAAUCAAUCACUUGGAAGAAACCAAAGACUACAGAGCUAUUGCCUCACUGGAGUGAAGGAAACAGGAGCUGAGAUUGGGAGAGGUUCUUAUGCAGUCGUUGUUGAGCUUCGGUUUAAAGGGCUUAAGUGUGUCGGUAAGAAACUCUACCCCCAUCUUUACAAUGGUGUAGGGAUGUUGCAGAGAUUUGAAGAAGAGUGUGACCUUCUUGCUCAAGCCAGGCAUCCAAAUAUUGUGCAAUUUCUUGGUGUCACAUUCAAAGAAGGCACCCACCUUCCUACAAUUAUUAUGGAAUUCAUGCACACGACUCUAUCAGCCUGUAUUGAUCGAUAUGGGGCGCUACCCCAAGAAAUUAGCUAUUGCAUUCUCAAUGAUGUAGCUACUGCACUCUGCUAUCUACACGGCAGUAAUCCUCAGAUUAUACAUCGUGAUUUGACAGCUAACAACGUUCUACUGACUCGAGAUAUGAAUGCAAAAAUCUCAGAUCUAGGAGUGGCAAAAAUUCUCAACGUCACACAGGCUAGAAUGAUUCACAUGACUACUUGCCCAGGAACCCCUGCCUAUAUGCCUCCUGAGUCACUAGAACAUAACCCCACCUAUGCUACCAGCAUUGACUCUUUCUCUUUUGGAGUGACAAUGGUUCACCUAUUGAGCGGUGAGUGGCCUAUACCCAGCAGUGCCACAAUUAUCGAUCCUCUCAAUCCAAAUCAAAUCACUCCGCGUACUGAGGCCGAGAGAAGGCAAACGUUUCUGGAUGACAUUGGAGAGGGCCACCCUCUAAUGAGACUGAUACUAGGGUGUCUCAGUAAUAACCCCUCGUAUCGCCCAAGUGCUGAGGACAUCCUUCAAAGAGUGAAUGCUGCAGCUGGAGAUUACCUACCAUCUUAUGUGGACAAAAUCGUUCAGAUAACAGCUGAGAGUCAGCAGCAACAAGAUAUAGACGACCUUUGCAAGCAAAUGAAUGAAUUUCAUCAAAAGUACAAGAGCAGAUAUGGAUCAAGAAAGCAGACAGAGACCGCCCACAGCAAACUUCGAGACAAGACAAUUCAAGUACCUCCAUCCGGCUUGAUAGAAGAAGAUCAACUGCAAACAGCUGUCAAUUUUAGGGAAAUGGAACAAAAAAUGUCAGCCACACAGAAGGAACUAGAACUGAAGAUCAGCCAAUUAGAAAAAGAGCAAGCAAAGCUGAUAAAUCCGUUUUCAACUGAUAGUCAACUUAAGUGGGCACAAGCUGCCGAUCUUCCCGUCGCUAUGGGAACCGCUCAAUGUGUGACAAUAGGAACAGACCUUUAUGUCGGUGGAGGGGGCGUAGAUGACAAUAACGACGGUCAGCUGUUCAGGAUUUAUAACUACUGCUCAAUUGAGAAGCUUUGGCACAAAACAGUACCGUCUCCACAGUGCUACUUUGGACUUGCGUGCAUACAAGGAAAACCAGCUACAGUUGGCGGUAUCUCAAGUUAUUCAAACAUGGUCACUGGAAAAAUUUCAAUAUACGAAAAAUCAAACGAUACAUGGACUGAGUGCAAGUCGGUGCCAUGCAUGCCUACACCGAGACUGCGUGUUUGUGCCGUGAGUACUGACGACUGCAUUAUUGCUUGUGGGGGAUUCAAUAGAAAUAAUGAAUGUGUUAAUACUGUUGAGAUAUUUCUGCACAAAACCAAUCAAUGGUGUUCCGCUACAUCGCUGCCAGCAUCGAGAGCUGGACUACGUUGUGCUAUCAUUAGAAGCAAAGCUUACUUCAUGGGCGGAUACUAUCCUACAAUGCGACUUACAGAUACAACGAAGAACUGCUUCUGCGUCAACCUAGACUCAAUUCAGCCAAACAAAAAAAUCCAACUGGCAUGGAAAAGCCUUGCUGAUUUGCCCUUUCCUGGCUGUGCACCAGCGAAUAUGUGUGGAGCAUUGAUGGCUUUUGGUGCAGAAAAACAGCAUCACGGCGUGUACUUUUAUGAGCCCAACUCGAAACAGUGGAUACGUAUCAGUAAUCUGCCACAGUAUAGAUUCAAUCCAGGAGCUGCUGUACUAUCCAACAACCAGUUAGUACUAGUUGGUGGCUGGGACACAGUAGGAAGAAGAUCAAGCACUUUCAUUGGCACGAUAGAGAAGAAUUAAUACGUUACAUGCAAGCAUGCAUGCAUGCUGCUAUGGUUACUGCAUGUACUUUAAACUAUACUCUGUACAUGAAUAAUUAUUACGUAUACAUUCAUUUAUCCAUCACUGCACAUGAUUUUUAUAAUAUCUACUCAGUCAUAAUAAUGACUUCCAUGCAUGCAUGACUGAAUAUUGGUAUAU